AUGGAAGGAAGUCGGCGGGAGCUCGGCGGCGGGCGGUCGGAUGCCGGCAGACCUGCCGCGAUGCAGCCCUUCCUGAACGGCGCCACGUCCACCGACGCGGCCUCCAGCGCCAUGGCGUCGCAGCCAGCGCCGGCAUCGCGGCCCCUCGCCUUCUCCAUAGCCAAGAUCAUGGAGCCGGACAAGCGCGUGUCGGAGCCCGUGUUCCUGCCGCGGCUGCCCUACCACACGCAGCUCGACUCGGCCUUCAAGAAGUACGUGCCGGCCUUCAGGCCGCAGGACCUGCUGGGGCAGUACCCGCUGCUGUACUAUCACCCCGGCCACCUGCUGCGGGUGUCGCCGCCCUCGCAGGCCUCGCCGCCGGACCUCGGGGUCGAGGUGGAGGCCGGUGACCCCGAGGCCAAGAGCGGGCCGCCCGCCGAGCCGGCGCCACCCGGCGGCGGGCAGCGCGAGAGGGCGGGUCGUCGCGCCGGGCCUGGCCUCUCCCCGGCCGCCGGCAAGCAGAAGAGCUUCACCUGCCCCGACUGCGGGAAGGUGUUUAACGCGCACUACAACCUCACCAGGCACAUGCCCGUGCACACGGGCGCGCGGCCCUUCGUCUGCAAGAUCUGCGGCAAGGGCUUCCGCCAGGCGUCCACGCUGUGCCGCCACAAGAUCAUCCACACGGCCGAGAAGCCGCACAAGUGCCAGACAUGCGGCAAGGCCUUCAACCGCAGCUCCACGCUCAACACGCACACCCGCAUCCACGCCGGCUACAAGCCCUUCAUCUGCGAGUUCUGUGGCAAGGGCUUCCACCAGAAGGGCAAUUACAAGAACCACAAGCUCACGCACAGUGGCGAGAAGGCGUACAAGUGCUCCAUCUGCAACAAGGCGUUCCACCAGGUUUACAACCUCACCUUCCACAUGCACACGCACAACGACAAGAAGCCCUUCACGUGCAAGAUUUGCGGCAAAGGCUUCUGCCGCAACUUCGACCUGAAGAAGCACAUGCGGAAGCUGCACGAGAGCUCCGGUGCCGGGGGCGGACUGGCGGCGGCGGCGGCGGCGGCGGGGGCGGCAUUCCCCGCGGUGGCGCCGGGUGGCCACGCCUUCUUCGCGCCCUUCCUGCUGCCGCCCCCCGGGCCGGCGGCGGCCUACGUGUCCAAGAUGUUGUGA